AUGGAAUAUGCCGAACCCUUGCUCCCUCAGGUUGGUGCGGAAGAUGACCUCCACAGUCUCGAAGAAUUCCCACAAGACAGCGUCAGUCUUAGAGACUCAGACAGCCCAGAAUAUCAGUUCGAAUGGUCGGAUUCCUUCAAAUGGGGCGUUGUGGCAUUGUUAUCUUUUAUGGGCUUCACCGUUUCUUUCACUUGCAUCUCGAUAGCCCCAGUGGCAAGCUAUAUAGUCGAGGAUCUUGAUGGCAGUGAUGGAACCAACUCCGCCGUCCUUCUCGUCACAAUUUGGGAGCUAGGUGAGGCAUUAGGUCCACUCUUCAUUGCGCCACUCUCUGAGGUCUAUGGCCGUUAUCCACUAGUCAUCACAUUGAAUCUAGUCUUCGUGAUGGCCACCAUAUUUGCAGCCUUUUCACCCAGUUCGACACUUCUCAUUGUCUCGCGUGCACUGAUGGGCAUGUCAACAGCAUCAAACGUUUUAAGCCCAGCAAUUAUAGGAGACAUUUUCGAACCCGAACAGAGGGGCUCAGCCAUCAGUUUGAUCACAUUCAUACCCCUUAUGGGUAGUAAUUUGGGAUCAGCAGUUAGCGGCAUUAUUAUGGAGAAGCUAGGCUGGCGCGCUUUAAUCUGGAUUAGUGUCGCAUUGACGAGCAUUUGCCAGCUCUUGCUCGUUACAUAUUUCCGAGAAACAUACAAAGUGUCGAUUCUCCAAGGCAGGGAAGCCAGACUGGGUUUGGAGAAAAAGAGAAUUCACAGGGUAGGCCUAGCCGACUUGCGAGGCUGCGUCAUGCGUCCGGCCAUGGUUCUCUUAAGCUCUGGUGUGCUAGCAGCUCUCGCACUUUUCGGGUCCAUCAUCUUCGCACAUCUCUAUGUGGUAGCCACCACGCUCCCGGUUAUCCUGAAACACACAUAUGGCUUGUCAGCAACUGCAACAGGAUUAUCUUUCCUCGCAAAUGGUCUCGGCAGUGUCAUGAGCUUCGCAAUUUUGACUCCCUUUCUGGAUAAGAUUUAUAUAAAGCUCGGGGCAAGAAAGAGGGUCAGUCUGCCAGAGCAUCGUCUGCCGUUGAGCAUCAUCGGUGCUCUCACAUUGCCCCCUGCCGUGUUGCUGUACGGUUGGAGCGCCGAGUACAAGCUCCCCUUGCCUCUGCUUUUGUUCUCCGCUGUCUGGAUUAGGUUGUCUAUGAUGUUAGCCUUCUCGCCUUUGACGUCGUACAUUGUGGAUGCAUUUGGCGUUUACUCAGCAUCCGCUCUGGCUGGCCUCGUGACAUUCAGAUGCUUAGCCGGUGCGUUCUUACCGCUCACCAUAACGCAGAUUACUGAACACCUUGGCUAUGGUUGGGGAUUUACUAUGCUUGGAGUCUUUGGCAUGGGUCUCGCUCUAAUACCAGUGCUCGUUAUACGUUAUGGCUUCCAUUGGAGGCAACGCUCUAGCUACACUGGAAAUAAAUGA